AUUUUGCUGCCGCAAUAUUAGUCUCCGAUUUUCCACUGUGCUCAUAUCAUAUAACUAUCAUCGUGAAAAUUGUGCUAGUUGGACAAAUUGUGCCUACCUAAUUUUGUGAAAAACAAAUAGUAUUAUAAAGAUGUUAAAACUAGAAAUGCCUACAUUGGGAGAAAUAUUAGAAGAGGCUGGAGGAAACGAAGAACUUUUAGAAGAGCUACUGGAUAAAUUUCGACUAUGGCUGAAACAGCAACUUCAUCUUCCUCAAGAUAUCUCUGAACAACGAUUAAAGGUCUACAUUUACAGUGCAAAAUUUAAUUUAGAAAAAGCCAAAAGACGCUUAGAUUUGCAUUAUACUCUUCGUAAUCUGGUUCCGGAAGUUUAUAGCAAUCGUGACCCGUUGUCCGAUAGUAUAACGCAAAUAAUUAAAUGUGUGCAAUGGAUACCUCUACCGAAGUUAACACCAGAAAAUUUUAGAAUAUUUGUUUGCCGAUUUUUACAUACCGACAGCUCUGUGUUUGAUGUUUAUGCAACUGUAAAAUAUUUUUGCAUGAUAAUGGACACGCGUAUAGAGGAAGAUAUAGUUAAUUCUGAUGUUUUCAUUCUUGAUUUUACCAAUUUAACUCUUGGUCAUAUUUUGAAGCAUACACCACCUAUAUUAAAAAAAAUCGACGUUAUCUUGGAAGCAUACGGUACAAGAAUUAAAGCACUUCAUAUGAUAAAUGCACCAAAUUAUGUCGAUGUCUUAAUAACAUUAUGUAAAUCAGUGAUGAAGCCAAAACUUACUAAAAGAAUACAUAUUUAUACAUCUGGAGCAGAAUCAUUAUACGCACUUAUACCAAGAUCUAUUUUACCAGUAGAUUUUGGCGGUGAACAACCAUCACUGGAUACUAUAGCAGAUAUGUGGAAAGCAAAAUUGAUGCAACGAAGAGAAUGGUUCCUGGAACAAGAAAAAGUUAAAGUUAAUGAAUCUCUCCGAUCAAAUUCUGUAAUAAAACCGGACGAUGUAUUUGGAGUUUCGGGAACAUUUCGAAAAUUGAACAUUGACUAAUAUGAACAUAUUUUUGUGGAUAUAAAUAAUAAGGCUGAUAUUAUCAGAUAUAUAUAGAGAUACACAUACACAAACUAUUACAUAUAGUGUGAGGAAUUAUUAGAAAUUAAUAUCCAUAGAAUAAAAUUAAAAAAUCUUAUUGCCACGUAGAAAACAAAAAUUGUAACGUAUAAUAGUAGAAUAUUAUUUAGGAACAUUAUCAUAACAAAUGAUAAAUACACGUCAAAUUACACACAAAAAUGGUGUUGCAAAAUAUAUGCGCAUACAUUCUAGUAAAGAUAUUGUAAAUGAUAACAUAUGAAAAAUCACUUAUCAUAAUACACAUAUUAUAUGGCAAUAUUUUCAGUAAUCUUCAAAAAUCUCUUUCUUUCUUAAAAAAAUUUUUUUUUGAUCUUUGAAAAGCACUGUCUAAUUAUGAGCAAAUAAUCUCCUGUUACUUGCUAUUUUUAAUAACCAUAUAUCGAAUUUUUAACCAUAGACAUUUUUAUUGUCAACCGACACACGUGGAUGGUAAACAGAUAAAUGCUCGAUAAAACACGAUUGAACAUAUAGUUCCAAGACUAUCGAUGUUGUCGACUAUAUUUCGACAGCGAGACAAGGGCAGCAUUGUCGAGAGUGAAAGGGGAUUGUAUGUUAUAAGUAUGUUCAAGUCCUGAGGGAGUAGACAGUGAAGUCAGAAGCACGAUAAUAGGGAUAAUAAAUGGCCUCGGACUACUCUUUGCAAUUCACCUUUGGCUCGCGCUGAAACCUUUCGAACAGGGACAUGUACCAUUCUGAAACCGUAAUAUUGGCCUUUAUUAAUAUACGAUAUAUUAUCAAUUUGUUACUGUGUGUAAAGUCGUACAUAAAUGUAUAAAACGUAACGUCAUUUCUCGUAAAAUAUUUAAAAAAAUAAUAUACAUUUGCAAUGUUAAUAAAAAUGUUAAUAAAAAAUUAAUUUAUAUAUAAUACAUACACAAGAUAAUUAUAUGUGCAAAUAAAUAAUCUUUUAUAUAUGCAUAUGUAAAACAGAUAUUAGGUGACAGAUAAUUAUAAAGCACAUUUAUAUUCAUAAUAAUUCACACGAAAGUAACAUUAAUUCAUAAAAUAUUAUGUAUAAUAAUAUUAAGCAUAUCUCU